CCUGAGGCCGGCGUCUGAGGGCAGGGCGGGGGCUGAGUCACGGAGGCGCCGCUGCUGCUGCUGCUGCUGCGAAGAGCGAAGGAAGGAGCGGCCUCCUCCUGAGCCUCGGAAGGGGAUGAGGCAGCCUCCUCCGCCGGCGAGAGAGCCCAGGCGGCCCUGAGGCGACGACGGACGGCGCCAUCCUCCCGGCCUUGCCUUCCUCCUCUUCCUCCGCCGCCAAAAUGAUGGAGGAGAUCGACCGCUUCCAGGUGCCCGCCGUCAGGGCCGAGAUGCAGCCGCUGGAUCCAGCAGCAGCAUCAAUCUCUGACAGAGACUGUGAUACAAGAGAGGGAGAUACUGUAGCUAUGAAUUACAAACCAUCCCCGCUACAAGUGAAAUUAGAGAAACAGAGAGAGUUGGCUCGGAAGGGGUCUCUGAAAAAUGGUAACAUGGGGAGCCCAGUCAACCAGCAACCCAAAAAGAACAACGUCAUGGCCCGAACAAGGCUGGUUGUACCUAACAAAGGCUAUUCCUCAUUAGAUCAAAGUCCUGAUGAAAAGCCAUUGGUAGCACUGGACACAGACAGUGAUGAUGACUUUGACAUGUCCAGAUAUUCUUCCUCGGGAUAUUCUUCAGCUGAGAUCAACCAGGACUUGAACAUCCAGCUGCUAAAAGAUGGGUAUCGGUUAGACGAGAUCCCAGACGACGAGGACCUCGACCUCAUUCCCCCAAAGUCGGUCAACCCCACUUGCAUGUGCUGUCAAGCCACCUCCUCCACUGCCUGCCACAUUCAGUAACGAAAUGAGGGAAGCCUGGCGAGGGGAGAUCAGUGCUUUCCACUAUAACUGUAAAACUUAACAGCCAUUGCUUCCUCCUAUGGUAGGACGUGCACCUCUUUGUGUUCAUGGAGCCAGGAGAAACCAAAAAGGGGAAAAAAACAAAUAAUAAUAAUAAUAAUCAUUUUAUGAUCCUCUUCUCAUUUUAAAAAUUUUAAAACUACACUGAAAUGAGCUGUGAGGUGCUAGGAGUGGAUCCUUGGUCAAGUGCAUAUUUUAGAUCCUCUUGGCCCUGGGCCCAGCUUCUAAGAUUCCUGUACAGGAUUUGGAGUGGGUGUGGGAGUCAGAUGAGCUUGCUUCAGGUAUCCCUACCUGCCAUUGUUCAUUCCAUCUGCAGGAGCUGAAGUCAGAGUCUGAAAAGCCUCUGCCCAGGCAGGGAAUAAUGGAGUGAAAUUCAUUUUUAAUGGUCUGGCCCUGAUAUGGAAGAUAGGAGUAGGAAUGGAGGAUCAUUGAUAACGUCUAGUUGGUGAGGUGGAAUUGACUUUUUAAAAAAAGUGAUGGUGGUAUUUGCAGCAUGCUUCCAAAUAAGUAAAACUAACCAUAGUAAAAAUGCAGCACACAGUCUAGUAAGAGUAUACAAAAUUGCAGCCUACCCAUACCUAGUUGAGUUUACUUUAUGUUUGCAGUCUCGAACCCUAGCAAUGUGAACGCUCAUGUAGUCUGACAGGAUUGUGCUGUCACCUAAAAUUCCCAUGAUUGGAAAGUUGAGCAGAAGAGUUUGUAUGGCUCUGGUGAGCAGAUGGAACUUUUUUCUUGAUCCUUUCAUGUCCAGUAAGAGGUUUUUCAAAGGGUGGAAUGCCAUGCCUUUCUUGAGCAAAACCAGAGUUCUCUAGAUCUGCAGUUCCAGUUCCUGCCCUGCAUGGGGCUUACUGUAUGUCAGAGCCAGGAGGAGCUGUGAUGUGUUUAUAACAGGACUCUACAUUCAAGGGAAGGUGCCUGACCCUUUACAAGAACAAAUCUCCCACCCCCAACAUAUUUGGGAGUGGAAUUUCUGUUUAACUCUUCACCUCUCUAGAGCUAAGUGGCCAGUCCUUGGAGCUGUGCCUGCUUGAUUGUCACCACACAAAACGUUAAUGUCAGGAAAGGAUGGUAUGUUUGUGACACAGAGAAAAACAGACCACGCUUGCUGCUGUUCCUCACAACAACCGUGCCUGUGUUGCCCCUUACAUUAACAAACCGGUGUGAGGAGUGCCCCUUCACUUAGCAGCAUUACUAGUAUAGUUAGUGCUUGGGUCAAAUGUUUCUCCAGCAUGCAUAUGACAAGGGACCAUAAGUGCUAAAAAGGAGCAAUACAGGAAAAAAUGGUUUGACUUUUCUUCUGCCCCAUCCACUCUCCUUUCUGAAGAUGGGCUGUAUCAUGCUUUGUGACUGCAUAGUUAAGUUCUUUUUUAUAAAAAUAAAAAUCAGUACAAGCCCUGUUCAGAAGGCUCUGUUACUCAAGCUUCAAGUGCCAUUCACUCUUGACAGAAUAGAUGGCCCCUGUUCCUGUCAAUGCCAAGUUUUCUGCCUUGAGUAGAACAUCCAUUCCACCCUUGUGAAUAGUACUUGUGAAUAGUUACAAGUGUAUUAGCUUCCCCCUCAUAAGCACAAAAAGUGGCCUGUAGUCUCUUUCUACCCAGUAUGGUGUUGCAGCCUAUGGAGACUACAUAUUCCAACAUGCUACACAAGUCAGACAUUUAUAGAUCAAUCCCUAGGUUUUGUGAAGCAGAGUUGGAUGUGGGGUCUCCGUCCUGGCAGUUAUCGCAGAAUAGCAGAAAUAAGAAGUUUUUUUAAAAAAAUAAUUAGCACACUCAUGUUUUGGAAAUUGGUGACAUCUAUUCUGUGUAGCUGAGUAUUUGAGAUGAAGGGCCAACACAAAAUCUUCUGCAUCCAGCUAAAAAUUAGCUGCAAAUGAGGGACAAAAGCCCACCCAAGACUGAACCCUUCAUUUCCUAAACUCUAACCAGAGUGAAAUGAUAUUAUCAGAAAUAAAACUUGGGCCUAGGAGGAUUGACUUGGAGAAAACAUCUUCAUCCCUUUUUAAGAGCUUCUACCUAGAGAUUAAAAAGUAAUCAAUAUCUAAUUUUCACUUGUGGUUUACAAUUAUUAACACACAUACAAUCCCAGAUCUUUGCUUUUGCACUACUUAACUUUUCCCUCCUCUCUCCCCUUUUGUAUUUCCUUAUUGUAUUUUAUCUUCUGCCAGGCUUCUGGAUUGUGAAAGGACUAUGCUUUGAACCAGAGUGAAAUGUGCUAAUUAUGUACAGAAGAGAUGAAAUUGACAAAUAUUAUUCCCAUGUGCUUUCUAGUUUAACUGCAAGCUCUCCUACCUGGUGUAUGUUUUCCACAAACACCAGUGAUAGUAUUGCUUUUGCUCAUCUCCAUCUUCACCAAAGUCCUUGAUGGUGGCAGUUUUAAUGAGGUCAGUGCAGAAACAUAAAAUGGGGGGGAAAUUUUGGCUUCUCCUGGCUCCAAGGUUUUGUGUCUGUAUGUUUCUGAGAAGGGGACAGAUUCCAGUAUGGAGACGAUUAUAUUGUUGUGUUGCCAUCAGGAAAGCUGAAUGUAUUGAAAGAGCCUUGUCAACUGUCACAGAGAGUGUCCCAACCAACCUGCUAUGCUGCCAUGUCCUGGGGACAUUUCACACAUUACAGAGGCCAACCUGGAUUUUGCCACAGUGUAUACUGUUAAAAGACGUUACAGUAAAUCACAGCUCCCUGAUGAACAUACCUAUAGUAUGCACAUACUUGCAAGCAUUUGGUGCUAGUGUUUACGUACACACUUGCCAUUGUAGGUGGCCAUUUAAAACAUCUUAGGGGUGUGCCUGAAAACUGUAACACAUCAAGUAACCUUCAUAUGGAAUGUGAAGCCACUUCUUAUGAAUGUGAUAUCAUGGUUGGUAGGCCAUCUGGGAAAAUGGUUCAGAAAGGCUCAACCUUUCUCCCCCUUACCAAGCCUCACAUAUAGGUUCCAAGCACCCCCCUUUCUGUUUUAAGCAUCUAAGAAGAAGAGCAACACUUAAAGCUUGCACAGAUUUACUUGUCAUGGAGAUCCAUGAUGCUAUUGCGGCUGAAAGGAAGGAAGCAAGGAAUAAAGUCAGGAGGCUUCGGUUAGACAGAGGAUACCUGAACUAAUAAGAAAGUGUUGUCCCAAACAGUCCUGUCUGGCAAGAAAGUGGCAUGUUCCCAGAAGAUAAUACUCCUCACAAGCAAAGUGGUCUUCUAGAAAGACUUGCUGUCUUGAGAUAGAUGCAUCACAAAUACCAUCUAGACUGCCUUGGCUUGUAUGACAGCAUCACACCAAGUAACGGAGGGGCCUAUUCUCACCCACGGCUAACAGGGCCAUACAAAUCCCUGUGAAGUUUAACUGCUGAAAAUGUACAUUUAAGCUGGAAGCCUUUAUUAGUCGUCAGUUAGUCUUAAUUGAAGGCAAGCCUCUAAUUUCAUGUCAAUGAACUUGAAUCAUUGGAUUUUUGUGAUUGCUGCUUCUAGGAUGAAAUUGGGGGAUUUGUGACAGUUCCCAAGUUGCUUUAGAGUCAUUGUUCCACUUGUUAGUCAUCUUGCUUCUUUCUUCUACUGGACAGGUGUGGAAGAGCAAGCUGCUGCAGGCACAUAGUCUCUCAUCACUGUGUGUGUUUCCCACACAGAGAGAGAAUAAGGUCCCAGCCUUUGCAGCUGAUAGAAGGUGAAGUGCCCCUACUUCAUUAGGUAAGAGGAUGACGUUUUGCAUGCAGGUGGAGUUGUGGACUCUCUUCCUAGGCAUUUACCUCAUUUGCCUGGCCUACAGGUUCUGCUGUGACACUGUGCUGAAUCUAGUCAGCCUUGGUGGCUGUAGAAGGACAGAAGGCAGGGAGACUUGCUGGCCAAGAAAACCUAAAUUAGAAAGAAAUGGGAAUCUUAUCAUUCUCCUGUUCCAAACUAGCAUCAACUUGAGUAGCUUGUGUACCUCUUAUGCCCCCAUCUGACAACAUCCUGCCUGAGAGGCUGAUAACAAAUAACUGGAGAUCUUGAAAGAUGGUCAUUUUGGCUGGGCAAGGAGGUGGAGUUGCUGCCUUAAGUCUUUGUAAGGGAGAACAAGUAGCAACAAGGGUGAACUCAAUAAAGCUCAGAAGGUUCUUUAAGGGUGUACCUACUGAUGCCUACCCUUGCUUCUCUUCUUCAGACAAUACUCAUUUCCUAUAACUGGAAAACAGGAGGAGAAGAUUGAUUAGAUACUUUCAUCGAAAGACCAUGGAAACAGCUGCUGCUAUUACUUAGAAGCCUGUGAGUGCAGGUAGUAAAAAACUGACUCAAUGAGCCAUUUACAUUUAACUACCCAGCUCCAUAGAGACCACUACUCCAGUUUUCUGACAAGGUUGAUUCAACAGCCUACCUGCCAGGAUUUGCAAGAGGCAAAGGGAGAAAAGAAUACUCCCAGCAGGUUGUGCAACCAAAAUGUUUUUGUUGUUGCUAUUUAUCAGUUAGUAGUUAUGGCACACAUUCUAGAAUUUUAGGCUUUUGAUGCCUUUGCAGCACAACAUCCUGACAACUAAGAGCUAAAGAAAGAGAUUGAGAGAUGCCGCAAGCAUGGGAAAUGGCAAAGCUGAAUUCACAGGAUCACAGGAUGCUCAGCACUUGUCUAGUAUGAUGGCUGUUGUGUAACCAUCUUGCUUGCAUGUACAAACAUUUCAGUUAGGAGUUCUUAACUUUAUUUGUAUUUGGAAAAGAUGUCAAAACAGCUUCCAGCAAAGAGAGAUUGUGGUUCUGCAGUCUCCUGUCAUCAGAGAAUCCCUUGCAAAUGCUUGGCUAUUUGGAAGGUUUUUAUAUAAGUUGUAAGGAGGCUGUGGUGGCUUAGGCAGGUUAGAAUAAUGCCAUGAAGUUUCAGAAGAGUCACUAUAUCAUAGCCUGACUGGCCCGUAGUCUUUCACUACAUCAUGGCCCAGUGUACAUGGAAAGUGGCUGCUUCACAGUCUGCAAAGCGCAAUUCCCCUCUUCCUUUUCCCAUUCUUAGUCAGUGAGUAGUCUUCUGUUUUCCAGAUCCCACCCUCCUUGUACUUUGGAAAAGAGAGGGUUGAUGAUGGUGACAGCUAUCUUCAAGGGGAAAUGGUGCUCCAUCUUUUAGUUUGCCUCUUACUGAUCAGCCAUUCGUAAUGAUGCAGUAGAUUCUAUAGUGACUUACUGUGAUCUGAGAGCCUAACAUCAAGGGAGAAGAACAUUAUGGUACUUCUCAUUAAUAUUCACACUGUAAACUGGCACAAAAGGCCAUGUAGAGUGGCCCCCUGAGAGGAAACUCAGGUGCUUGAGAGUUCUUUCUAGUAUCUCUGUACUUCUGUUGUUGUUCAUCCUGAUGUCUGAUGUCAUCUUAAUUUUCCAUCUUUACAGGCUCUGUUAAACUAUCAUAGACUGAUUUUUCUGGGGUGCACUGGUGCUUCUUUUAGUCUUUGGCAUGUCAUGAAAAAGCCCUUGGGUGGCUUCAUCAGUUUGCCCCACCUCUAAAAUGCAGAAGGAGAUUAAUUUUUUUAACAUCAGCAUUCCUGCCUCUUGUGCCAUGUCUUGUGUGUAGUCUUUUAGAUACUGCUCUGAUCAGCGCUCAGCUCAGGGUUACACAUCCCAUGAACAGUAUGCGUGUGGAAAGCAGUGGCAUCAGACCUGGAAUGGAGCAUCAUGAUAGGUGCUUAGUACUUAAAUUAGGUGCUUAAACAAGUGGGGAGAAAUACUAAUUAUCUUCUUCUUUGCUGUUAUACCAGUGAUGACUUGGGAGGUCUGUAAAGAUUUGCUCUGAUUGCACCAAAUUCAGGCACAUUUGGCUUUGGUGGAGUGGAUCACCCUCCACUAUCAUUUUGGAGAAUUUCAUUGUUUUUUUAGAAGUACUCAGACUUUGUGUGCUCUUCAAACUCAUUUACUGGGGAGCAUUGCAUUCAAGUGUAGCUCCACUUUCUGGGUUCUUUUUAUUUGGUCCAAUUCUACUCUUCCACAAGUGGUCCAUGUGCAGACCCAUCCAGUGAAAGGUGUGGCCCAGGUUAGAUUAAAAAAUGCUAUCUCAUUUUGGUUGACUAUCUUCUUUUUUUCAAAAUGGGACUACUUCACCCAUGUUUCAUCCAGUGGCAAAACAGGGCUUUCCUUAUUUCUCCUUGCUGUAAGAUCUACUCGAAGAACACCAUUUCUUUGGGAGAAGGCAGGAGCUGUGCAUAUCUCCACUCUGUGCUGUUUGCCAAGUGAUUCAGAGCACUUUCUGGAGCACCAGAUGGAAGGAAGAGCCACAUAUGUUUUGUUGGCUUCCGUGUUAUUUCUCUUUGUGCCAGGGGCAAAAAGUGACAAGUAACUGGUGAACAUUGCAGAGAGGUUGGCCAGUGGAGAAGCAGCUCCUGAUAGCUAUGCUCACAGUAUUCCAUUAGCAGCUGUCCGCUCUGAAGUGUGAAUCUGAAAACUCUCUUAAAGCUAUCAAGAGGAUCAUUGCUGCACAACCUUCUUUUCCCCCUCUGCUUCUAGUCUAUUAAACUUGCUUUGCUUGUUUCUCUGGCUAGGUCUGUAGACAACAGGGAUCUGGUGUCUUCUCUUCUUCAGGGAGUAUUAUCCUUGAUGCGAAUGCUGGGAUUGGGACUUUCCUUAGAUGGGAGCCCAUGGAAGCCAGCAGCCAUGCCAGUUCAAUCAGGCUUUGCAGUGCAUGAGAAAGACAAGUUGCUGUUUUUGCACAAAGUGGAGCUAGCUUGAAAGGAAUAUGAAGAACCCGGAAAAGUAACUUUUGGGGACUCUGAGAAGAUAGGGGUUCUUUUGCACUCUUCCCUGCUAUUUCACCCCUUUCUCAGAGACAGUCUCAUCCAAAAGAUAGGCUCCAAACCCUUCUGAAAACCAGGGAACCUUCUUGGGCUGUGGUGCUUUUUGUGUAAAGCUGUAUUGUGAUAGGUUCACUUUAUUUAUGCGCUGUGGUGGAGAUAAAGGUCCCCCCCCCGCCAAGCACAGUAAGUACAGUAGCUGUCUCAAAGAUCUACAAUCUGAUUUCCCCAGCCACUUUUCAACACAACUGCGGCAAAAUUGUAAGCAAAGAGCAUGGGGCCAAAAUGCCACCAAGAGGCAAUCGAGUUAUAAUUUAGCUGUGGGAGAUAAACCUUGGUAUCUGUGUUCAGUGGUUAGUGCUAGAAUUACAAACCUUGUUAAAUUGCACACAUUCAUCAUUCAUACAUUCACAUCAUUAAUGUGCAUUAAUUGUCUCCUCCCGCCACCCCGCACCCCUGCCAACAGCAGAAUAUCUGUGUUGAAAUGACCCAGUUGGUUUCUUCUUCAUUCCCACCAGAACAAGUAAAUUAAAUAGGGCCUGUUCAAAACAUAUUCCCCACCUAACUAGCCCAAAAAAACAACUACUCUGCAUCGUCCAAAAGAGGUGUCCUGCAGCAUGUGUUGUAUAAUGCCCCAAAGAUUUCUGGGACUCAUUUGUUGGAUUGCACAUAGUUUUUUCCCAUGCCACUAAAUAUUUGGAAGCCUGAGCAAGCACUUAGGUGUAUAUUUGAGACAAAUCAGUCUCAAUGGCAUCAAGAGGCUGUGGAGAAUAUUAUUAGUGAUGGCAAUUUUCUCAUCCACGCACCCCAGCACCUCUCCUAUCCUUGACUCAUUUUACUCUCUCCCAAUCUAUCUAGUAGCAGUCUUCUUCUCUUAACUCUCUUCAAGGGUAAGUGUGGGAUUCUUUUAGAAGUCCUGGCUUAGUGGCCCAUGGGCGCUUGGCUGACAUGCACCUUAUUGCCAACAACGGAUUGAUAACAUCUAGCCACCUUUUAAAAAUACUAUUAUUAAUAUUAAUAUUUUGCACACACUACUGUGCGGUUAUGGGAAGUGAUGGGGGAAAAUGCAUCACUAUCGGCUAGUUCUCCUGUCCUCAGAACCAGCCGGUAGGAAGCAGCUGCUUUUUUUUUUUUUAAUUUUGGAGGGGGAAAGAACCUUUUAUUUGUUUGCACUAUCUGUUGAACUGUCUCUUCUCCACCUCCUGCCAAUAGGGCAAAGUUACCAGGGCUGCAGAAAUAUGACAGACACAACCCAGCACAUGACCUUUAUCUUGUGCCCUAAAAAAUGUGCCAUGAUGAAGUGUAUAUAAACCCACUUGCAGAGCAAGUGAGAUCUUCUAGCAAAGGUAGUUUACAGGAGAUGAGUUUGUUGGUAUUUGCCCUCCCAGCUAGAAACAGUGGCAGAAAUCCUGCAUCAAGUGGAUAUAGCAUAACACUCUGUUCACUUUCCCUCUCAGUCCCUGGAAGUGACCACUUCAUCUAUUUCUUACUGAUGGGGAUGGUUGGGAAGGAGGAGGCAGUGCAGAGGGGGAAGAUUCAGUUGGUCUGGGCUCAUAGGUGGAAAAAAAUGAAGAUGUGUUGCAAGAUGGAGUGCAUGGUCCUUUUCUUUCCCCUCCGAACAAAGACCGACUUUUUCCUCCUCAGAAUUGCGUCUUCCCUUCCCACUAUUAAGGAGCAGCAGCUACUGCAGCCCUUCCUGGAGCUUGACAGCUGUGAUGGAAACAUUUUGGAUGGGGCAGAAAGGACAUGAGAACAGCCCUCCAUCCCCAAUCCAAAAAGAGAGAGACACGCACACGUAAACCACUAGCAGGAUUCUAACCAAUGUCUUGCUCUGUGCCAGUCUUUCUGGAGUGUUUCUCUUUCCCUUUGGGGCAGAAAAGGGUGACUGAUUGGAGGUGUGUAAAAAAUCAUUUUCAUUGUUCUCAAGAAAAUCUCAAUUCCCUGGGAGAACCUUUGUCAGCUGUUCAGACAGUGAGCCAGGUUUCAAGUUCCUGUUUGGAGCAAACAAAUAGGAGGUGGUUUUCAGUCUCGAUUCUCAUUUGAUUGGGCAUUUGGGGUUUUAAAGCUGGCUCCUCUGUUUAAGAAACCUGUAAGGGGGCAUCUGUCAUAUCGCUGCCCUUUUAAUCUUGCCCUACAAAUGCGGGGCUGGGAAUUGUUUUGUUUUACGCCCGCUCCUAGCAAGUCAAUCUCCAUCUUCUCGCAAAUGUCCAUCUUAACUUUUUUUUUUUCUUUUGCUUUCCUAAUUUAAACAAUGUAGCACAGUCCUUCUUUUCCCAUCAUGUAGAAUACUGCCUUAAACAGAUCUGUUUGGCUGUGUUUUCUUUUUCUUUUC